UUUGGAAAAGGCAAACACCAUCCAGCACAACCUAAGCUGAAAGAGAUACUCAGAACACUGGAAGCAACCGAGCAGUGGAUUUCGAAUAAGCUGCCAGCUUUGCCCUGUCUGACAUGAGGCAGUGAUGUCUUUGUGGUUUUGAAAAGGAACAAGUAGUGAAUCCCCUUCCAUCGCCCCAGGGAUGGUGACAAGCAAGGGUGACAAACAGGUGCCAAGUUCCAGUGAACUAGUGAGAAUGUCUCAACCUGCUACCCUAGCUUCUCUACAAGUCACUUUUCUUAUGCUAUUUCUCUGCUGGGAUGCCCUUAUUUCGGCACUGCCCAUUGGUCCUGAUUACUUGCAACGUGGCUGGCAGAGGCUUCUAGAGGAAGGGGAGAGUUGUGUAGAAUGUAGAUUGGAAGAAUGCCCCACUCCUCGUGGUUGCCUUUCUGGAGUGGUCCUGGAUGCCUGUGACUGUUGUUGGGAAUGUGCAAAUCUAGAGGGACAGAUCUGCGACUUGGACCAUACCAACCACUUCUAUGGCAAAUGUGGGGAUCAUUUAGAGUGCCGUCUUGAUUCUGAAGACCUGCAACAUGGCGAGGUGCCUGAGCCCCAGUGCACUUGUUUAUCUAACCAAGCUCUUUGUGGCUCUGAUGGCAAAACAUAUGCUCAGAUCUGCAAAUUCCAAGAGGUGUUUAAUUCCAACCCUGAGGCUAAUCUCACUGUAGCUCACAAAGGACCUUGUCAAUCAGAGCCCCAUAUUGUGUCUCCUCCUUAUGAUAUCUGGAACAUCACUGGGCAAGAUGUGAUCUUUGGCUGUGAGGUCUUUGCAUUUCCCAUGGCAUCUAUUGAAUGGAGGAAAGAGGGUCUGGAUAUGCUGCUUCCUGGAGAUGACCCCCACAUUUCAGUUCAGUUUAGGGGAGGUCCUCAGAAGUAUGAGGUAACCAGCUGGCUUCAAAUCCAAGCUGUGCGGUUGACUGAUGAAGGAACUUAUCAUUGCUAUGCAAGAAACAGUGUUGGACAAGUGGCAGCUCCUGCCAGCCUUAUGGUACUCACUCCUGAUCAACUGAAUUUAACCUCACUGGCUCUGCCCAAGGGGCCCAACCUGGGAUCAAAUGAUGACUGGGCGAGUGAUGAAUUGUAUGAUUAUUACUGAGAAGGACAUAUAUAGGACAGCAUUCAUAAUGCAGGGUCAUUUGUAUUCUUUCCCAUUUGAACAUUUAUUUCAUCAUCAACUGGUACCCCAGUUCCCUAGUUUAAUAAUUAAUAUGGAAAUUCUAGGGUGAACUUAAGGAAGCCAAAGGAAUUUUUUUUAUGGAGAGCUUUAGUAUAAGUUAAUUCUGUCAAAAUCAAUAUACUUAAUUGUAUGACCAAUCCCUGAAUGACAAGUACAUCAAAGCGUACUUGUCGAGAAGAGAAGAAGUGAUUGUAUUUAACUGAUGCAAAUCAAAUGGACUUUGAUUAGCUUCUGGGGGAGUAUAAUUUCAUUGAUUUGAUGCCUCACACUCACAAUUAUUCCUUUUCUAAUUGCUCAGAGAUUAGACUACAUUGAUGCAUAUAAUUCAAGUAGCAGAGAUCUUGGAGAAAAAAAAAGAAGCAUUUUCUUUUAAUAGGAAGCCUAAGAACUAAAAUCUCUAGCAAAAUUCAGUUUAACUGCCUGUUUGGUACAUUAAAGAAUUUAAAGGAGGAAAGAUUAGAUCAGCAGGGAAGAAAACUGCUAAACAAGUUUGGGAACAGCUUUUAAAAUGGAAGCCAGAUUUCAAAGUGUGCCAAAACACAUAUACUGUAUAUAAACUGGAUGAGGCGUGCAGGAUAUUAUUUGGUGAGUAUGUUGUCACAGGUUUGGGUUUCCUCGUUGCAGAAAGAAGAAUGAAUGCAAUUUUAAAGUGCUGAUCAAAGAGACCACAACUGAAGCUCUCCAAAAAUAGUAAUACUGGUCAGUGUCUCUAUUGUGAAUUUAACUAUUCUUCAGCUUCACUGCUAACUGGAAUUCAUAGUAUAUGCCACCUUUGUUUUUCAAGUUUUUCUUUUCUUUCAAAGCCUGAAAGUCUAUAUUUACAUACCAUGUAUGAAAAAAACAAACCCUGUCUCAAGGUAGUUUCUUUCAGAUGUGAAAUCUGGAAAGACCUCCAGAAAAACCUAAAAUAAGAUCAGCAUGAAUGGCAAUGGCUCGAUUUUGAUUAGGACCUAAAUAUAUCUGAUCAUGAUGACCCACACAAAGCUAUAAAUGGUGAAGCAGUGAAUGUAGCAUCUGAGCAUUGGAAUUUAAGCUAUGACAGCUGCAUCUGUUCAACUAUAAAAAUAAGUAGGUGCCGUUGAGCUAAUUAUUCUGUCUAACCUACCUUAUUUUGUAUGUUGCUGGCAGAAUUAAAACAGGCAACCAAUUACCUUGCCUUAAGAUUAUACAUUACCUCUAGAAUGACUAAAAUACAUAAAAGUAAUAACUAAUGAGUGCUCAACAAAACAGCACAUUUGGAUGUUCAGCUUGGACAUCCAAUCUAUCCUACUCAAAAAGUCCUGUUCCCUCAAUUCUGGAUGCUUCUUCCCCCGUGUUAUUUUCUCUAUGUAUGAACUCACCUAAUUCACAAGACCAAAGACAGUUUACAAACAAUAAAUAAUAGCUACAAAUAAUACUCCAGUUACAUAAAUUAAAAGUAUCCCAUCAUGAUUCUGACCCAAAUACUCUGCAAAACAAAAAGUUCUGAAAUGCUUCUUAUGGGUUGCAAAUGUAGGAGCUUCAUAGACGUUAGAAAUCAAGAUAUUCCAAAGUAUGGGGCAGCCACCAAAAGGAUAUUCACACAAACAUGCAUAUACAUACACCAGUAUCUUCACAUCAUGUGGGAAAGAGACCCUUAGCAUCUCCUCCUGAAAGCAUGGGACAGGUCAUGAUCUUUGGGGGAAGAUAAUCCUCUACGUAUUCAGUGUCCAAGCCAUGUAGGGCUUUAUUGAAUGCAGAAGCAAACUGGUAACCAAUGCAGUAAUACUAGAAUUGGUGUAUCCUUGAUAAAUCCCUUAAUACUUUUUAACAGAUGUACCAUAACAUUCUGGACCAAUUGUAGCUUUUGAAUUUUCUGCAGAGUGGUUUCAUAUAGAGUGCAAUGCAGUGGCCUAGCUCCACAGUGAUGACAGCCCCUCAGUCUAGAAAGGAUUGCAAUUGUUAUACCAGCUGAAAUUUGGCAAAAGCAUCCUUGGCCUUAGCAUCUAUCUGUUCCUCUGGCAAGAGCCUUGAAAUCCAGAAGAUCCACCUCUAUAUCUAGGAACCUGCUUCUUCAACCUGCUUCUUCUUCCUAUUGACAGCCAAUGGUUAAACAAGAAUUGAGCUACGUAGUCCAUGUACUGAAAACAGCAACUCUGUCUUGCUGGGAUUUAUUUUGAAUGUUGGCUCUUUCAUAUUAUCAUAGCCUUCAGGCAUCAUGCCAGGAUUUUGAUUGCAAGCACAACCAGGCACUAGGAUAUACCGUAUGCCACAGAGAACCCAGAUUACAUCCUUCCUCUCCAUAAACUCAAAAUAAUCCCCAGAUAGUCUUGCAAAUUGUCAUCUGAGUUGUCUCAUUAAAGAGAUAUCCAAAUCCAAGAAAUUGUGAAUAAUUUUAUCUGUAAAAAGGCUCAUAAAUCUGUCAGAGUGUCCUAUUGGAGGAUGAUCCCCUGCCUUCUUUUCAGAAGAAAGUUGGGCACAAGUUGAUAGAUAAGAAUAUGCAGACAUAAUAAAUAUGGAAAAAUAAGCAUGCUUUGCCAUUCUUAUUAUCAUAGUACUGUGAUGGCGAACCCACAGCACGCGUGCCACAGGUGGCACGCAGGAGCAUAUCAGUGGGCACGGGAGCUCAGCUCUGGUGCAACCGGAAGUCGGCAAAUGGGCCAUUUCCAGCCUCCAGAGACCCUCUGUGGGGGUGGGGAAGGCCGUUUUCCCUCUCCCCAGGCUCCUAGAGAGGCUCUGGAGCUUGGGGAGAGCAAAAAACUAGCUUUCCAGUCCCACUGGAAGUCGGCAUAUGGGCCAUUUCUGGCCUCCAGAGGGCCUCUGUGGGGGUGGGGAAGGCCGUUUUCGCCCUCCCCAGGCUCCUAGAGGCUCUGGAGCUUGGGGAGAACAAAAAAUGAGCUUUCCGGUCCCACCGGAAGUCGGCAAAUGGGCUGUUUCUGGCCUCCAGAGGGCCUCUGUGGGGGUGGGGAAGGCCGUUUUCACCCUCCCCAGGCUCCUAGAGAGGCUCUGGAGCCUGGGGAGCGCAAAAAAAUGGGCCUACUGUGCCCACCGUGUGCCAAAAGUGGGGGGCUCACGGGCACAUGCGUCGGAGGCAUAGAAUUAUGGGUGUGGACUUAUGCUUUUGGCACGCAAUGGCAAAAAGGUUAGCCAUCACUGUCAUAGUAUAUCCUCCCACCUUCAUACCUGUGGAGCAGCAGGGUUUGAUCAUCCAUUUCUCCUUUUUAAUUUUCUUAGAUACGAUAUAUGGUUUCUUAAACUAUUUUCUCAAUGUGAUUCAACUCUUAGCCUCCACCUCAGCACCAGUGAUCCUGCACUUGCUGAAAAUCAGGAGUGAAAAACUCCUCUUUUGUUAUGCCAUUUGGGUGGGUGAGAAAACAUGUUCGUUGGUCUCUGUUAUGUAUGAAAAUGGCUGUCUGUAUAAAAGAAUCAGUUGGUGUGCACUAGGUUUAGAAUAAGUGUUUGGAUGCAUUUAUGUGUUCUAUGUAAAGGAUAAUGGGUUGGCCUGCCAACUUUGUUUUUGAUUCCAUUUAUUUUUGUUCUGUGGUCCCUGGACUCUGCUUGGCUCCUGAUAUAAGAUCCAUCUAUCCUGAGCAAUUCUGACCAUUUUAAAGUGAAAGCACCACUUCUGUCUUGUGUGUAAUGGUUAUUUGUGAAUCAUGAUUUAUGGUUUAGAAUAUAAUACAAACCCAGUCAGUUGUGGACUUUUCAAUAAAUUUGAAAAUGAGUAGACAGUGAAGUAUAAUAGCUGUACAACAAUGUAAUAUCAUUGCACUUCGUAUUCCAUAUGGGACUGGAUAAGAGUACUCAUGUUUAAAAAUAUAGUCACCAGAAAAGAAUAUGAGGUAUUUGUCUAAAACCUUCUGAGGUCAGAAUAUUGUACCUUCUUUUUUAUUCUGGAAGCUAUCUUCUCAUUCUUCAUGCAAGAAGACUUAAUAAAGGAUUUCAUUCAUGCUGCUGAAUAUGGUUAAACAUGAUGAAAUAGGUACAGAAUAGGUAGUACUUGGCUCAGUAGCGGUAACUGCAAGAGGGAACUGGAAGUCCUAGUGGACAACGGCUUAAAUAUAAGCCACCAGUGUGCUGCAGCUGCCAAAAAAGCCAAUGCAAUCCUAGGCUGCAUUAACAAAGGGAUAGAAUCAAAAUCACAUGAAGUGCUAAUAUCACUUUAUUAUGCCUUCAUAAGACCGCAUUUAGAAUAUUGCAUCUACUUUUGGUCACCACGAUAUAAAAAAAAGAUGUUGAGGCUCUAGAAAGAGUGCAGAGAACAGCAACAAAAGUGAUUAAGGAGUCUCCUGCUUGAGCAGGGAGUUGGAUUAGAAGACCCAAAUCCCUUCCAGCUCUGUUAUUUUGUUGUUCUGUUAUUCUUUGGAAUAAUUUUCAAAGCAGGCAUAAAAUAGCCACCAGAAGCGAUCUACACUGUGUUGUUUAGGUAUCAGUCAAGAGGCUUAAAUAAUUACAUGCCAGCUUUGUAUAGUUGAGUAUAGCUCAGCGAUGGGAUGCAGGCUCAAGAAUUAGCUCAAUACCCACAUUAUAAUUUUGGUCUAGGACUUUUUUGAACUCACAGCAUAACAGGAAGCCUGUGUUGUUUAUACACACUAGUUUCUCCAAGCCUUUUUGCAGAGUACAAAAGUACAAAAGAACUUCUAUCUCUAGUCCUUACCAUUGCAGGACUUUAGCCAGCACUUCUCUGACCUAAACUUGCAUUUUUUUUUCCUAAUUGUCCAGCCGAAAAUAUUAGUGCUGUUACAAAAUAGUGCUGUUGAAAAUAUUAGUGCUGUUACAAAAUAGAACAAAUUGUAUUUUCUGAAACACUGAUAAACAAUCCUGGUUAAUCAAAAGAUGGCAUUUUAAAGCUUUCCUAAUCUGCUUUUAAUUUUCAAAGGUUUUCUCAAGUCUACCAAAAAGAAAAAAGAAAAGAAAAGAAAAAGAAAGCAUUCCAAAGGCUAAGUGUGCUUCUUUUUUGAUUGUCACAACUUAGAAAUCUUUAGAAAAAGCUACAGUUUCUGCGUUCCCUCAAUUGAACAACAUCUUACUUAGUUAAGAAAAUCUGGUGGACAGUCUGUUGCUGAACCAGAAUCAGCAAACAAUAGAAGAACAGCAUUGUCUCUUGAUAGGAUCCAUAUGGAUUCCUUUGAUUCUUGGAAAUUGGUUGUUUUCAAGUCUGGGAGCAAUUAAUCAUGUUAUAAAUGGGUUUCUGACACACAAACAGUAUUUAUGCCCAGUGAGCAGAACAUAAAUUUGAAAGAUGGGGAUUACAGUUAUGCACAACAUUUUAUGUAUAUACUGUAUAUCUGGUUGUUUGUAUGAGACAGAAGCUACAUGAUAAUACAUUGAAGGGUGUGAAUGGAUGUGAUUUACUUCAGCCCUGCAAUUAUGAAUAUGCCUGUGUGUGCAAAUUCUAUAUAUACAAUUCUUCACCAUUCAAUUUCAUCAGCUCUGUCGUUUCUAUCCAGUGACCGAGCAAUUUGAAACACCGGCGAGUAGAUGGGAGCCACACAUUUUACACUCUGUCUCAGAAAUGCUCUUUCAAAUUAUUUGGUUUUCUGAUGUUAACAGCAAAGAACCAGAACUCUACUUCUCCUUCACCCUGGGAAUAAACAAUCCAGCAACAUAAUAGGCCACAUUUUUUUGUGGCCAAGGGCCAUAUGUGGACCUUGUCAGUCAUUCAUGAUUUAAAGUGUUUCUAAGGAGAUCAUAACCUUUAUGAAGUGUCUAGACCAGUUUCUCAACCAUGGCAGCUUUAAGAUGUGUAGACAUUAAUUCCCAUAACUCCCCUGCCAUUCCCCAUGCUGGCUGGUGAAAUCUGAGAAUUGAAACCCACACAUAUCUUAAAGUUGCCAUUGCUGAGAAACUAGUUUAUACUACUUUUGUGUUAUUACACCUGAUUCAUUUUUCAGUGACAUGUGACUGUUUUAGAUUUCUCCUGAACUAUAUCAUCACAGUUUAUUUAACCACGAGCUAUCCCUGUUGGCAACUAAUAUUUGCCAUUGACAAGCUGUCCAGGUAGCCAAAAACAAUAACCCCAUGCUUUGUUUCCUGUUGUACCAGUUGGAGUAGUAGCUCAGGUACAGAAAGUUGACUUUGAUUUCUUCCCAUCAUCAACUCUGUCAACUGGGGACUUAAUUCAGGCUGCAGUUGCACUGGUCUGCCUGUUCUUCUGCUGCAGCAAGAGUCUCAAGGGGAACAACUCUUUCUUGUUUCAACACCACUUAAAAAUUAAAAGAAGAAAACCACCUCCUCCUCAGCUCCAGACCUAAGGUUAAUUGUUUAGAAUCUGUCACUGCCACAGAAGUUAAUUAAAGUUAUUUGUUGUUACGUUAAAAUAUGCUGGUUCGGCGCUCCUGCUGGGGCAUUGCGGAUCUCCAAGAGAUGCCUCAGUAGCUUCAAUUAACCCUGCUGAGCCUGAACUUCCUGUAUCUACCCACAUCACCCACUAUUUCAAGCAAGUUCAUCACACUUCUUUUUUUUUGUUUUGUUUUGUUUUUGGCAAAAGACUUUAAGUGAUAAGAACAAAUAAAGUAGAAUAAACACUU